AUUCGGCCGUCAUUAUUAGUCCAUUUCCCAUUCGCAGUCUGGCAACGCAAGUUGAGAAACAAAAAGUCAUCUUCACUGGCGGCGUUUAGCGUUUUGCAAAAUUUUGAUUCCCCUGCAAAGUAAAUUGAGUUAAGCGAGCAGCACCGUCACCAUGUCGAUUUUAGCCUACAACGGAGGAUGCGUCGUGGCCAUGCGCGGUAAGGACUGCGUGGCCAUCGCCACGGACCACCGCUUCGGAGUCCAGGCGCAGACCAUCUCAACGGACUUUAAGAAGGUGUUCCACAUCGCUCCACGCAUGUUCCUGGGCCUCACUGGCCUACAGACAGACAUUCUGACCGUGCGGGAUCGCCUAAUGUUCCGAAAGAACCUGUACGAGACCCGUGAGAGCCGCGAGAUGGCCCCCAAACCCUUCUCGGCCAUGCUCUCCAGCUUUCUCUACGAGCACCGCUUCGGCCCGUACUUCAUCGAGCCGGUGGUGGCUGGACUGGAUCCCAAAACCCUGAAGCCGUUCAUCUGCAACAUGGACCUGAUUGGGUGCCCCAACGAGCCCGAUGACUUCGUUGUGGCCGGCACCUGUGCAGAGCAGCUGUACGGCAUGUGCGAGACGUUGUGGCGCCCAGACCUGGAGCCGGACCAGCUGUUUGAGGUGAUCGCCCAGUCCAUGAUGAACGCCUUCGACCGUGACGCCAUGAGCGGUUGGGGCGCCACCGUGUACGUUAUCGAGAAGGAUAAGAUUACAGAGCGCUCGUUGAAGACCCGCAUGGACUAAAGACGUUAUCGAGAAUUCCGAUUGGUGAUUUUGUAUACAGAAAAACAGAAGAUAUAACAUACAAAUAAAAUUUGUUAAGGUACCCACA